UUUGCAGCUGUUAACUACUUAGCAUUCUCUGCAGUUUUCAGACUUUAUUCUGGCUGAUACGCAUCAUUGAUUUUUUCAACUUCGAAAAGUUUGGAUGAUUUGAAAUAUCCUGCUGAAAGUUUGAAUUCAAAAUUUCCUGGUGAAUCUUGCUUGGUGACAUAGCAAAGCACUUGUUAGUUUUCCAGAAGUCUAAUAACUCUAACUCUGUUGGCUGAUAUUUUUACAAAUUACGCCACAAGAUGGCGAUAAAUAUGCCCAGCAGCACCAAGAUUUUGGGUGCCGAACUUGCGAAGAUGCAUGAGCAACCUGUCGAAGGAUUCGCAAUUCGAUUAGUCGACUCGAAUUUAUACGACUGGCAUGUAGCGCUCUUCGGACCUCCAAAUACACUUUAUCAGGGCGGUUAUUUCAAGGCUCAUAUGAAGUUUCCCAUGGAUUAUCCAUAUUCUCCGCCUUCAUUUAGAUUUUUAUCCAAGAUGUGGCAUCCAAAUAUAUAUGAGAAUGGUGAAGUCUGCAUCUCUAUAUUACAUCCACCAGUUGAUGAUCCACAGAGUGGUGAACUCCCGUCGGAAAGAUGGAAUCCAACACAGAAUGUCAGGACCAUUCUUUUGAGUGUCAUCUCACUACUAAAUGAACCAAACACAUUUUCACCUGCAAACGUUGAUGCAUCCGUUCAAUAUAGAAAAUGGAAAGACUCGAAGGGAAAAGAAAAAGAAUAUGAAGCCAUAGUAAGAAAGCAAGUUCGAGACACAUCAAAAGAUGCAGAAAAGGACGGAGUAAAAGUACCGACUACAUUGGCUGAAUAUUGUAUUAAAACACGAUUGCCAAGCAAAGACUCGUCUGUAAACAUGGAUGACAUUGACGAGGAUUAUAAUAUUUAUGAUGAUGAUUAUGACGAAGAUGAAUCAGAUAGUUGUGAUGACAACGAGGACUAUUGCGAUGAUGAUAGUGGUGCACACGAGGACUCAUGAUGAUUUGAGUUCGACCCUCGGCAUUGACGGAUCUCCCCCUAUUUAGUCCGACGUUCAUCAUACUUUUUCAAUGGCCAAAGCUGUUUCUUUUUGAACGGCAAUACGCAGAUAUCCUCUAAAAUGAGCUGAGUUUUUUUUUAUUUUUUGUCACGCGGCUAGCACUUGUACUUGGUGAUUGAAAAUGUGUAUCUUUGACAUAAUGAUGCCUUUAAACCACAUCAAUUAUCGAGACUCCAUUGGAUAUGGAUUUAAAUAAACUAAUAUUUCCACCUUGUUCUUUGGCCACCUCGUAAUGAGAAGGUAGGGGUGGAGAAUCUGCUCUGGUCGGAUUUUUGGAUUCAAAAUGAGUUGCGGAUAAAUAUUGAUGACAAUGAGACCCUAUCAUAUUAUAUGAACUAUCGUUUGGAAGUCGGAAUUGAUUUGUGAAUAAUAUAGCCUGAUUUUUUUGACUUUGAUUUGUAUUUCAUGCAAUAUGACGAGUUGCACAGUUUUUAUGGUAAGUCAUGCAUGUGUACCAGCUUGAGAGCAAAUUUUAUAAAGAAGUGGUUAUCUGUAUAGCGCGUUGCUUUAAAAAGACAAAACUCAUUAAAUGAAAAAUUCAACAUUUUUUAAUCUGUGAAACUUGAAUGUAUCAAAGUAUUAGGAAAGCUACUCUCAACUCAGCAGAAAAUAUGGCCGUUGCCAGCAACAAUGAUUGAAUUUUUGGUCUAGCACUGACUCGGGACCAGAAUUUUCAUGACAGCAAUUAUUUGGCUGCUUCAAGUGCACAUUUGUCUACAUUAUUACUUGAAUUUAUUUCUAGCGUUUAUUUGAUUACAUAAAGCCAGUAAUAUAUUCAUUAUUAUUGUCAUUUUUUUGAAAGCAUUGUUUUCUGUAUACAAAGUUUUCUUACUAGACGGGCUUGUCGUUCAGCACAUCUCUUUUUUGUUUGUGUAAUUGUUAUCGCUUUCUUUCUAUGUCUUUCUAAUAUUCUUCUUUGAUUGUAUCCAUUUAUGUGUUUCUGACGUUUUUUUGAGUUGGAGUGUGUCAGUCUGGUGAGUUUAAUGUGCUAUUUACACAGUCCGUAUUUUAUCGAACAGUGACAUACGCGUGUAAUAUAGAAAGCCUAAGAAUUUAUAGUUUAACCUUCUAUAGUAAUCACUUUGGCAUGAUACCUAACAUUUUUCGACUCGUGUUACGCAUUUGGGUGUUGUGUUCUUCACCAAAUUGUUAUUCCUCGAUUUUUUCUGAUUGACAUAUUUGUGAUAACAAAUUUAACUAAUACGUAUUUGGUUUAUGGUGAGUCGGAUGUUUAAUAAUAAGAAUCCACAACAUCGAACUUAAAAUCUCCUUAUAUCAGUCGUUUUGAGGUUUUAUGACAUCACAACAGAUUUACUUUCUAUGGCAAAAUUAAUCGAAACUGGAAUCAAGAUAAUUACCAGUUAAUCGGAAUUAAUUACGAAAAAUUUGAAAUUUUCAUUUGGUGUUGGUUGAAAUCAAUGAUAUUUAUAGAAAGUCUGAUAUUGAGACUUCCACUAAUACACUAGUGUUUGGGGGAUAUUGAUACAGUGUAUUUGAAAGAAUUUGAAUAAACCAAUUUUUGAACAGUUUUGGAUCAGAAUUCAUGAAUGAAAAAAGUUUUCCAUCUAACAUAGUAUAAUUUAGUACUAAAUCACAAAAAUGUCUCAAACCCAUGUUAUCCCGAUAAUGAUCUGACCUGAACUUUUGCUGCUUGUUGAAUGGUCGAGAUGUGCAGUUCGGGUGGCAUCAUCUCAUUCGACCACCGAGGGAUCACUGUAUAGAAUAUUCAUAUCCCAGACUGUUGGGCAGAACCUAAAAUCAAAGUGUGAAUCUAGCAAUAUUUGGAUUAGUCUGUUGUUAUGCUCUAACACCUUGACUCACCUAUACAAUCUGCUCAGUUUUGUCAUUGUAAUGAAUUGCGCAUUAAGCUCAAUUUAAAAUGAGCCAUUGUGUUUUUUGUCACUGGUAAUUUCUUGAUAUAAAACCAAGUGCAAAAUUGUUACUUUGUCCAAAAUGAAUUUUAUGAACAAUCGAACAUGUUCUAAGAAUGAAAGUUUAAUCUAUGUAUCGCCCAUGCAUAGACAUGCUUGACAAACCCAACUCACUAUUGGAUACUCAAAUCAGAUCACCAUGACAUCUCUCAAUGUCUGGGCCUAAAAUGGCCUGGCUACUAUAAAUAGGGCGUUCUGUUUGAAGCGUUCAUGAAAUGAAUACUCAUUGUCAUUUGGAGUGUCUCCAUUGUGUGAAUGAAUACACACUGACGCUGCGUUCUUAACAAUCAUUUAUAAAGUAUUGAAAUUACGAAAUUUUUUUCAGGAUUGUCCUAUUUUCAUUUUAGCAAGACUCUUAUUUGCAAAUAAAGGGGACUUCUAAAAUUGACUUCACAGACAGCAUAUUCCGGUAGUCUCCCCAUCUUUUCUGAUGUGUUUCUCCCUUUGUUUAUUCUGACACUCUCCAUUUUUGUUAUUUGUUCAAUCUUUUAAAGAUCCUUAGCUUGUGUGCAACUUGCACUCUGGCUUUUGUACAGCUUAAAAUGUGUACAUAUAUAUGUAUUAUAGUAGUAAUGCUGAAUAAGUAAAGAAUAUCGGUAAUACCACAUGCAGAUUAAAAUUUGCUUAAGACGUUCAAAUUUCCCGGUCUGAAAACGCUGAUAUAAUCCUUCAACAAACCUAUUUGAAAUCAAAGUAGUCUUCGUGCUUUUUGCUUCACAUUUUUAUGUAAUAUACAAAAAGAACCUAUUUUUCAUAAAAUCAUCUACCAUUUUCGGACCUCCGUCUUUUAGAGUAUGUUAUCAUGCUUUGUUAUUUGCAUUACAUAAGCAAACUAAUUAUUUGUGUGAAAAACUAACCCGUACGUUUUUGAAGUUUAUUUUUUUCUUUUGAUCUGCCUUAUUUAUUUUCUGACAUGUGUGAUUGCGCAACAUAUUGAACUCCUCUGAAAUACACUGGACAUGGUUAAGUUAUGUAUUUGUCUGGUGGUAAAUGAUUUGACUUAAUCAUUUUUUAGACUGAUCCUUAGUUUCUCUACUCUGUUAAGUUGUGUGUUUAAAAUCGUUGGUGUAAAAUUUUUUUGUAUUCCUGUAUUCACAAUGGCUUAUUAUUACAUCAACAAUGCAAACAAGAAAUGUUUCAAUGAUA